ACUGAAUCAGCUGUCACUUUGUGAUCGAUACAUUGUUUUGAAUAAUUUUAUGACAAAAGAAAGAAAACGGUCGAGGCAGAAGUCAAGUUACUUGCUAUUUCAAAGCUCUUUCCAGUCUUACUUUUCUUAAUUUGCUCUUCCUCGCUCUCACAUCUUAUUAUUUGCCUUCAAGUCUACAACUUGCAAGGCAUUACAAGUAUCGCAAUGUCUGAUGUUAACCAGGACCUACAAGUGAAAAAAUUGAAGAGAUUGUUGGAAGGUUGGCGCACAGCAUUGCUGCCUUUAAAAUCGGUUUUCUUAUGGGAACAACAAUGGCAUCCUUGUGCCAUAGUUGCGUCUGUGUCAUUUCUAUAUUUAAUUAUCUGGUUAAUGGACCUAAACACUCUUGCAACAUUUGCAAUUGUUGGUUUAUUCAUCAACUUUGUUGAUUUCAUUGUUCCCAUUGUUUGCAAAUCUAUCUGUAGUCCUAAUUCAUGGACAGGCCAAAAUGAAAAAACGUAUGAAGAUAUUUGUAGGAGCCUUGUAGAAAUGUAUAAUGGGACCUUUAAACAAUUUUGCAAGUUUUACUCACUCCGAGAAGAUAGCCCUAUCAUGUAUUAUAUAAUUUCCAUCAGUAUGCUGUGUAUCCUGGCUUGGUUGUCAUCAUCUGUCAACAAUGUGUUCCUGCUUUACAUUUUCUCUGUUGUGGUGCUCCUGUGGCCCGGCAUCCAGCACAGGGGCAUCUUCAACACGCUACUGUCCAUGAUCCACAUGGCUCCAAAGAUAGCAUUGAAAUCAGAAUAAUUGGUUACUAUUAUUAGCUGCUAGCUUUUUAUGUGAUGUAAGUCUGGUCAUUACCAUUUUAAGUUUAAUGUAGCUUAUGUUGUGAGCUUUAAAUUAUUAACUUUUGUUAAAUAAAAGGGUAUUUAUAUG